AUGCACAAAUGUGUUAAUUUAGAUAGUUUUAACAAUGAGUUAAAAUCAAAUAUUCUUCCAAUGAAUGAAAAUUUAAAUCAAAGCAGUGUUAUUAAAAAUAACUGCGAAAUAAAAGUAGAAAGAAAGAUUCAAAAUAUUGAAAAGAAUUCUUUAAAUCAUAAUGAUACAGAUAUAAAUAAAUUAAAUGACAAAUUUUUAUAUUUGUGUAAUAAUAUAGUAAGAAAUAACACAAAAAAAAAUUGUAUAAAUAAAAUACUAGAUGAUAAUUUAAAGAAUUACAAUUAUAAUGUCUUCUCAGAAUAUGUAAAUAAAAAUAAACCUAUAAAUUCUCAAAAAAAGUUAGAUGAUAUAAAUAUAGCUAAAUUGAAUAAAGAAAAUAAAUUUUUGACAAAUGAGCGUAUCAGUACUUUGAUAAAUAAUGAUAGUAAAACAUAUAAUAGUAUAAUUAUUAAUAUGAAUAACCAAAAUAGCAAUUUAACUGAAAACUCAAAUAAAAUAUUGGAAAAUGUAAAUUAUAACUUUGAUUCUUUAAAUAAAAAAAGUAAUGGAAAAAAUAAAUUAGACAUUAAUAAUACUAUCUUAAUAAAUAAUGCUGAUAAAGAUAAUUAUAGUAAAGAGUAUUUUUUUUACGAAAAUGAUAACUUAAAGGAGAGAAAUUUUGAUAAUAAUGAAGAAAGAAAUAAUAUAAACUUAAAAGAAAACUAUUAUAAUUCAAUUAAUAUAAAUAAUGAUGAAAGCAUAAAAAAAAAAAUUUAUUUAGAUAUAGAUGAAAAAAAAGGGAAAAAAAAUUUAAUUAAAAAUUAUGAAAUUAAUAACGAAAAAGAAAACAUAAAUAGAAACAAUAUAUACAACAUUUUUAUUAACUCUUGUGUUAAUAAAAAUAGCAACGCAAAUAUCGGAAUUCUAAAUUUUUUAAAAAAUAAAAAAAAAUAUAAUUAUUCUUAUGAUAAUAAAGGGAUCAGAAACGAUAUUAAAGAAAAUGAAAAUAGUCUUAUAUAUAAAAAUAUUCCAAGUAACCCAAAUGAUACCUCUUCUUUAUUAAAAGGGAGUACAGAAGAUAAUGAAGAGAUAAAAAGCAAAAUAUCAAUAGUAAGUAAUUUAAAUGAACAUCAUUAUAUGAAAGAAAAUGACUUAAAAAAAAAAGAAUUAAUAAAUAAUUUUAAUUUAAAUUCAUUUGAAGAAUUAAAAUUCAUAAAAUACGAGAACGAUGAUAUAAAAAAUUCUUGCAGAAAAAAAUUAAAUGAUAAUUUAAAGAAAAAAGAAAAUGAAUCAAAUUCACAUAAAAGGGUAAUUUCUACAAGAAUAAAUCAAAAUAAUCCGUUCAGUUUAUAUCAUUAUGUAAAGAAAGAACAUAUGAGCACAAACAAUGUUCCUACAAAAAAUAUACCAUUGAAUCAGGUAAAUGAUAAAUUAUCAGAAUAUUCAAAAAAAAAUAUUAGUUAUAAUGAUAUAAAUAAAAUAAUGUCAAUUAUUAGUGAAAAAUCUAAUUUUAAUAAAAAGAAUCUGGAUAUUUUUACAACUUUGUCGGAAAUACAUAGUAUACAUAGUAGUAAUUAUAAUAAUUAUUCUAAAAAAUCUCUAAAAAGUGAAAUGAGUAAACAGAAAGAACACGAUAUUAGAAAUAUAAGCAAUGAACAUUGCAAAAAUGGAGAAGCAACAGAUGAUGAAAACCUCAUUAAUAAACAAAAUAAUAAAAAUAUUAAUUCUCUAUAUAAAGAAGAAAAAAAGCAAGAAAAAGUGAAAAAAAAAGAAGAUUUAUCUUAUAAAUGCAUUUCAUCAUAUUCUUCUCCAUCUUCAACUAACUCAACUAUAUGCUCAUCACUAUCUAAAAAAAAAACUAAAAGAAAUAAAACAAAAAAAGAGAUUGAAGAGAAAAAUAAAAUGAAAAAUAUAAAAUAUAAGAAAAAUAAUACUAAAUUAAAAAGUGAUAUAAAGAAUAAACAAGAAAAGGAUCACUUUAAUAUGAAUAAAAGUAGUAACGAUUACAUUGUUGAUAAUAGAAAUAGCAAUUAUAAUAUUACUCGUAAUUAUAAUAAUGACAAUAAUAAUAAUAGUAAUAAUAAUGAUAAUAAUAAAAGUAUAAAUACUACUACUAAUAAUAGUUUUAAUAGCAAUAAAAAAAAUGAUAAUAACCUACCUGACUGUAUAAGUAAUAUAUACUGUAAAAAUAAAAUGCAAAAUAAUAAUAGAAACAGUUACAACAAUUCUGUUAGCAAUUUUUAUACAAAUAGUAAUUUUUCUAAUGACAACUACUAUUAUGGCAACAAUAGUUUGAAAAAUAGUAAUCAUUACAAUAUCGAACGUAAUAGUUGUAGAAAUGAUAAUAAUAAUAAUAAUAAUAAUGUUGAGAAUAGUAACUGUGGAUCUGGAAAACACUCGAAUUUCAAUAAAUUAUCUAGUACUAUUGACAAUUCUAGUAGUAAGGACAUCAUUAGUAAUAAUAAAAAUAGGAAGAAAACGGAUUUAGCAAAAUCAAAAAUUAAAUAUGAAAAUAAUAAAAAUAUUGUUGAAAAAAAGAUCAAGAAUGAAGAAUUGCUAAAUGAUAAGCACACAAUUCUGAAGAUUAAAAAUAAUGCAAAAGUUAAAACAAAAAAUUAUGAUAGUUGCAAAAAUAAUAAAAAAACUGAUUAUAUUUCAGUUGUAGAUGAGUUUACUUUUAAAAAGGAAAAAAAGAUAGAUAAAAAUGAUAAUAAUGAUAACAAAAAAAAUAUUAACAUCGAAAGAAACAUACAUCAAAAUAAAUCUUGCAAAAACAAUUAUAAAACAAAUAAAAAUGGUGCUAAUUACGUUAAUAGUGAAUAUUACUCUGAUGAUAAAACUGUCAAUAAUGGAAUUAUUUUCAGUAGAAAUAGUAGUGUUAGUACUAGUAAUAAUAGUAGUAAAUAUAUUAAUAGUAACACUAACAGUGAUAUCAAUAUAAAUAGAAAUAAUGGUAAUUUGAAUAAUAAAGUUAGUUCUCAUGUGAAAGAAAAAUUAAAAAAUAAGAAUAAAGAUUUAUGUGAUCCUAUAAAAAAUGAAUGUAAAAUUCCUAGUAUUGAUGAAAAUUGUUUAAAGAAUAAUAAUAUAGUAGGUGAAAUGAAUAUUCAAAGUAAUACAAAUAAUAUUAAUGAAAUAAAAAAUGAUGAUAAUGAAAAUGAAAUAAUAAAUUAUAAUUAUGACAAUCUUAAAAAAUCUGCAAGAGGCUUAAAUAAUAGCAUCAAAAAGAAAAGUACUAAAAAUGAAAAUAAAAAUAAAAUGAAAGUAGAGAAUAUAGAAAAAUUGAAUUUAAAUAACAAGAAAAUAAUAAAUAGUAGCAAAAAUAAUAAUAACAAUAAUAAUAAUGAAGUCACUAAGGAUAAGAACAGUAGCUUUAAUAAUCCAUCUAAUACUAUGAAUAUAAAAGAUAAUUGUCAUGAUAAAUAUUUAAAGAAAACAAAUAAUCAUAAAGAAAAUAAAGAGAAAUAUACAAAUUUUAUUGGAGGAGAAAAUUUAUGUACUACAAAAAAUAAAGAAAUAUAUAUGAUAUCUUCUAAAAAAUUAAAAGAAAAAAAAAUAUUAAAAAGUAAUGUUGAUAUAAAUAAUUCAGAUAAUUUGACAAAUUAUGAUUAUAGCUUGUCUAGAAGUAAUAAUUCUGCUAACACAAAUAUUUUAAAAAAAAAUAUUGAACAAUCCUGUAAAAUUAAAAAAGAAGUUAAUGUUUCAAAGUCUAAAUAUAAUAAUUUGCAAAAAAAUUCUAAAAAAGAUAGUGAUAAAGCUAUAGAUACAGAUAUAAAAUAUAUAAGAUCAAGAGACAAUAUAAAAAAUGAUAUUUCAAAUGAUUUUAAAGAAAAAUCAUUUACAUAUAAAAAAAUAGAAUAUAAUAAUAAUCAUAAGAUGAUCAUAAAUGAAAUAAAAACAAAUAAUUAUACAGAAAUAUUAAAAGAUGAGGUAGAUAAGAGACAUUUUUUAUACUUAGAUGGAGAAAAAAAAAGUCCAUUAAAUAAAAGGGAAGAAAAUGAUACAUUAGUAAAUAUGAAAAGGAAUGAAAAAAUAAUUAAACAAAAACAAAAAGUAAUUACAAAUAGUACAAUUAACCUAGAUAAAAACUUCGAGAAUACAAACAUUAGAAAUUCAUCUAGUGUAAACAAUAUAAAACUUAAUGAAACAAUAAAUACUCGUGAAAAUUGCAAAAAUUCAAAAAAUUUUGAGAAUUGUAAACAUUGUAAAAAAAAAGAAAAGGAUAAUGAUUAUAUUUCUGAUGAUGACAUUUCUUAUAAAAAUACUUAUGAAAAGGAAUCACUAAUUGAUUUUAAUGACAAUUUACUUAAUAAACGAAAUAAUAUAUCUGAUACUAUUACUUCGUGUAAAUCAGAAAGUAACAAUGGAAAUUUAAAUAUAAAUAAUAAGAACGAUGAAUCUUUAAAUUCCCAUGUAAAAUUGUGUAUAGAUCAAGACUUAAAAAAUCAAAAUAAAUUUAUAGAGAUAAUAAAUUUAAAAAAAUCUGACGAAAAAGAUAUCAAUAAUAACACCAAGAAAGAUGUGAGUAAUAUAGAAAAAAAUAAUACAUUAAAUAAAAAAGAAAAAGAAAUACUUAAUAUAGAAAAAAAUAAGAUACCAUCAAAAUUAGAAGCAUCAAGUAACGAAAAAUUGUACAAUUUAGAAUCAAUUAAAAAUAUUAAAAGUGAAAUAGACAAAAAAAAUUCUGUAUAUAAAAAUAAUUUUUAUGAGAAAGAGAAACAACAAAAUGAAGUAAUGAAUUAUGAAAAGAGAGAAAAUCUUAAAAUAGAUCUUCAUGAUUUGCAGCAAAAAAAUUCAUCAUAUAAUAAUAAUAAAAAUCCAUUUUAUUUAUUUAUAAAUAAAAAAAAUAAGAACAUAAAUUCAUUUGCAAAAAAUGACCAACAUUUUUCUAAAAUAAACAAAACUGAAUUAAAAGAACAUAAUACUUUUGAUAAUUCAUUAUACAAUAAAAUCAAAACUGAUAGUAAUAAUGAUAUAAAUAAGAAUGGCUCUCAUAGUAUGAUAUAUCAAAGUGAUUUUAAUAAUACACAAAAUAGUAUAUUUUCUAAUAACGAUAACUUUGAAAAAAAAGGAAAUGAUAAAGAAAACAUCAACAGUGUGAAAGAUGAUAUAAUAUUAAAUUGCAACUUAAAUAAUGACAAAGAACAGCGUAUUAACAAAAGUAUAAUUUUUAAUAGUACUAUUAUGAAUGAUAUGAAAGUUAAAAAAAAUUUAGAAGAAAACAAAAAUAUUUCACUUAGGUAUAACAUUUUAAACGAAAAUAAACAAAAUAUUGAAUUAUUCUCCUGUGAUAAAAAAAGCCAAUUUAAAAAUAAAAAGGAAAUAAAUAUUUAUCAUAAUAACUUAGAUGACAAUGAUAAUAAGAAAAAAAAAGAUAUGAACAAUUUAAUUUUUUUUCAUGAAUUUGAUAGUUCUAAUUUUUUAAAGGAAAUUUUAUUAGAAAACAAAGAAAAUUCAAAUAAUAUGAAUAAUAUAAUUAAAAAGGAACAAGAAAUAAAUUUUAAUAAUUUUUCUUUAGAUUUUGAGAAUAUUAUAAAAAAUUACAAAGAAAAAUCAGAAAAUUAUUUAAAUAAGAGAUACAUGAAUGACUUAAAUAGAAUUUAUUUUUUGGUCGAAAAAUUCAUAGAUACUUAUUCAUGUGAUGAAAAUUUAAAAUCCAUUUUUCAACUUCUUAAAAGUGAACUUGAGAAAAUUAAAAAAGAAAGUUUGUAUUUUUGCAAAGAUCAAAAUUUUUUGAUUAUUCCUAUAAUUGAUGUUAAAAAAAGUAAUAAUAAUUUGAAUAAAAUAGAAAAAGAGUAUAUAAAAGAAAAUGAAACUGACGAGUUUAUUUCAAAAAGUGAUAAUUACACUUUAGAAAGUUGUGAAAAUGAACCAAAACAGGGAAAUAGUUGUUUGAGAAAGAAUAAAGUUGAAUAUAAUUUUAAAAGUAAUAACAACGAAAAUAAUAAUAUUAAUAAUAAUGAUAAUAAUAAUUAUUAUCUAAAGGAAUAUGUGAAUAGAAAAUAUAGGAGGAUAAAUUAUUUGACAAGUUUAUCAUAUAAUAAUAGAUUGAAUAACAGUAGAACAAAUUCGAAUAAAUGUACAAUGCAGCAUAUAAAAAUAAUUAAUAAAAAUAAAUCUUGUUUAAAAAGUUUGUACAUAAAAAAAAAAAGAAUAAAUAGUUUUAACAAAAAAUUUCUAUGUAAAAAAAAUAUUUUUAUCAUAAGGAAUAGUAAUUAUAUUCAUAAAUUUAAGAUAAGUAAUCAUUUCUUCUUAAAAAAUAAGCACUUAUACAAUAAAAAAAAUGAAAAAUUAUUUAAGACUCAUUUUUUUUAUAAUAAGGAAAUAUUUUUUAAAAAAAAAAACUGCAAAAGGGAAAAUGUACUUAAUGAUGAAAUAAUUAGUUGCAGGAAUUCUGCUAAUUAUAAUAUAGAAGAUUUAUUUAUUUCAGAUGAUGAAGUGAAUCUUAUUUAUACAUAUAAUAAUCAUCUUAAUGAGAAAGUAUAUAGCUUAGAAAAAAUUAAUGUAAUUAAAAAUGAAAAUUCUAAUUCUUCGACAUUUAAUUAA